AUGCCCAGCACCCCCAGCCCUUUCACCACUGCAUCCAGCACCGUGUACCCAUGCACACGGCAUCCCCAAGCCCUGAACCUCUGUGCUCUGCACUCCCAGAUCAUGCACUCGUGGUUGCACCCCUGUGUUCUGCGCCCCUACACCUUCAGAUCCUGCACCCCCGAAUCCCGUGCCCCCUACCCGGCUUUGCACUCCCCAGAACUGCACCUCCGGGCUCAGCACCCCAGCCUCCUGACAGCCCCCCCGCCCCGUCACACCGACCCCAGCCCUGCUUGCCCGUGCCGGAGCUCCUCGGGGCGGGGCGGGAGCUUCUUCCUCUUUCGGUUAGCACGGGCGGGACGGAGGUGGUUAAAGGGGCCGAUCCCGGACCCCCCCGCCCGCUGCCGGACCCCCCGGUCCCUGCUGGGCUACCUGCGCUGCCCCCAGGGAAUCUGGAGUCCAGCUGCACACUGGAAUGGGCCUCGUCCCUGCAGUGGGAACCCCUAUGCAGGGCUGGUGAGCCACCUGCGGGCAUCCUGGCUCUCUGGGAAGACGCGGCCCCUGGAAUACCGCGUGGCACAGCUGGAGGCUCUGGGACGCUUCCUGGAUGACAAGAAGCAGGAGAUCCUGGAAGCCACUGAACUGGAUAUGGGCAAGCCAUCCUUUGAGGCUUUCUUCAGUGAGAUCCUGCUCUGCAAGAAUGAGCUCAACGUCACCCUCAACAACCUGUCCCACUGGAUGAAGGAUGAGUACGUGGACAAGAACCUGGUGAUGCAGCUGGACUCUGCCUUCAUCCGCAAGGACCCCUACGGGGUGGUGCUCAUCAUAGCACCCUGGAAUUACCCCAUCCACCUCUUCCUGGUGCCCCUCAUUGGGGCCAUCGCUGCCGGGAACUGUGCCAUCAUCAAACCCUCAGAGAUCUCCAAGAACACAGAGAGGCUCGUUGCUGAGACACUGAGCUGUUACCUGGACAAUGACUGCUUUGCUGUGGUGACCGGCGGCGUGCCGGAGACCACCAGGCUGCUGGAGAACAAGUUUGACUACAUCUUCUUCACUGGCAGUCCCCCGGUGGGGCGGAUCGUGAUGAAAGCUGCUGCCAAGCACCUGACACCGGUGACGCUGGAGCUGGGGGGCAAGAACCCCUGCUAUGUGUCCGACACCUGUGACGUGACCAACGUGGCGCGGCGCGUGGUCUGGGGCCGCUUCUUCAACGCGGGCCAGACCUGCAUCGCGCCCGACUACCUGCUCUGCACCUUAGAGAUGCAGGAGAAGCUGCUCCCGGCCCUGCAAAAGGCCAUCACUGAUUUCUAUGGCCCCAACCCCCGGGAAUCCCCGGAUUUCGGCCGCAUUGUCAGUGACAGGCAGUUCCAGUGGGUGCAGAGGCUGCUGGGCAGCGGGCGCGUGGCCAUCGGGGGACAGACGGACGAGGCCGAGCGCUACAUCGCUCCCACGGUGCUGGCAGAUGUGCUGCCCUCGGACCCUGCCAUGCAGGAGGAGGUCUUUGGGCCCAUCCUGCCCAUCGUCGUCAUCGCCAACAUGGAUGAAGCCAUUGACUUCAUCAACGCACGGCCGCAGCCAUUGGUUGUCUAUGCCUUCUCCUGCGACAGCAAGAUAGUGAACCAGGUGCUGGAGCGGACGAGCAGCGGAGGCUUCUGUGGCAAUGACACCCUGAUGCACCUGACACUGAGCUCUCUGCCCUUCGGAGGCACUGGGAACAGCGGCCUGGGAAAAUACCAUGGGAAGUUCACUUUUGACACCUUCUGCCACCACCGGGGCUGCCUGCACCGGAGCAUGGGGCUGGAGACGCUCAACAGCCCGCGCUACCCCCCCUACACCCAGCAGAAGCUGGGGCUCCUCACGACCACCUUCGAGGUGAAGCGCAGGGGCACCUGCACCCUGCUCUGAGCCUGCCACGCCCUGCUCUGAAGAUGCCACGGAGUCAGUGGGAAGGACUGGGACUGUCCUGCUCCCCCUCUUCAUCACGCUCCCCACCUCCUCACCGUGUCCUCUGCCUCGCUGGAGCAUGUCAGACAGCCGGGAUGGACAUCCCCUCCUGCAUCCUUGUGGCCUCUGCUCCAAACCGUUUUCCAGGACACAGCUGAAAUGGCCAAAACCUUUUCUUAGUUCAAACUUCUCUUCCUGAUGGAGAAGCGCUCCCAUCAGUCCCACCUCCCCUCACAUGGACUUUUCCUUUGGAAUGUGCCUCUCCUUCCUCUGUUGCUCUUUGCUCUGUGUAACUCUGCCCGUAGUAAAGACUUUGCA